AUGACUUGACAUUGACAGACAAAAACAAAACAAAAUAAAUCAAGCAAACGGCGGGAAUAGUAAAUAAAAUUACGCUUUUUUACAAGAACGACGAUCCAUUCAGGAGAUACUAAGAUUUAUUUACUGUUAUGUACAAUUCGACUGAAUUGUGGCAGAAAGAAACCAGCCUCCCAUCUAUUCCCACAUUCUGUCAAAAUCUUGACAAUUUGCUAGGGAAUGAGGGGGUACAGUUAGGUUCUCUAACCGAGGUGUUAGGGUUGCCUGGAACUGGAAAAACUCAGUUAUGUCUUCAACUUUGUGCUGCCACUCAAAUACCAGAAGUAUUAGGUGGCCUGGAUGCUGAAGCAUUGUAUAUUGACACUAAUACCAAUUUCACUAUUUGCAGAUAUAAAGAAAUUUUGAAGGCUAGCAUUGCUAAAUGUCAGAGACUUUUAGAUGACCCGACCAUACUCAAUGAAGAAGACGCACUCAAAAGAUUACAUUAUGUGAAUGCAUUUGGAUUGGAACAGUUUUGCACUUUCAUGCACUGCCUGCCCAAGCUUAUAAUAGAGUAUCCUAAUAUAAAGCUGAUUGUGAUAGACUCUAUAACGUUUCCAUUCAAAGAGGGGAUCGAACCCAGGCAAAGAACUGGUUUAUUAUUCAGGCAAAUGGCUGACCUCCAACGAGUAGCCAAUGAGAAGCAGAUUGCAGUGGUAAUGACAAAUGAGAUGAGUACCCGUGUGGGUCUGUCCAGCGGGGCGGAGGUGGGGGCGCUGGGGGACGCGUGGGGCGCGCGCUGCGGCGCCCGCCUGCUGCUGGCCGGCGGCCGGGGGCGCCGCGCCCUCUUGCUCAAGGGGGCACACAAUGCUGGGCAGGCCGCGAGGUUCCAGAUAACCCUCGAUGGCAUUAGGGAUGUGGAAUGAAACACAACAUGAACAUACAUUUAUAAUUAUUGUAAAUAGUGUAAACGAAACUACAGCACCAAUAAAUAUCAUUUUCACAAAAAUAUCAAGCUUCAAUACUACAUCUCGUAACAGUUAUACAAAUACAAAGGCAGUUUCGUUUUGGAACUUAACAAUUGUAGUCUUAUUAUGCGAUGUCCUACGACACGAGAGUGAGUAAUACACGUUUGUAGUCUCCCUUCGUAUCAUCCUGCAAAAUAUUACAUUGUACUUCGUAACGAUCCGAAUGAGUUUAACUACUAACAUGCAAAGCUCAAAGUAAAAUUUUGUUCACUAAGUUUAUUUUGCAGGAUUAAGCACAAAGUGUGACUAGCACAUUCCUGAAGUCACCCGUUAGGUCUUC